AUGAGCUCUAGUCAGGCGUCGGAUCAGGAUCCGACGACAACUCGGAAGCCUGGACCGUUCGAUAAUCUAAGUAGAGACGAUUUGGUGAAGAAAUGCAAAGGUUUACUUGGUAUAGCUCAAAAGGCAAAACAAGCAAAAGAUGAGUGCCAAGAAGAAAAUCGUCAUCUAAAAGAGCAAUUGGAUCACUAUGAAACGCAAAAGAAUGCUGAUAAGGAGUGCAUUAAGGCGAUGCAGGAAGUGGCGGAUUCGUAUAUGGAUCAAAAGCUGAAAGCAACGAUGCGAGUUGAUGAACUCGAGAAGCAGCUCCAAAAGACAGUUACGCAGUUGUCCGACGAAAAGUCAUUACAUGAAAAACUGCACGAACAGCUUCUGGAAGAGGUGAACGAACUACAUAACACUAUAGCUGAAUCCGAACGCAAUGCAGCAGAGAAUGCCGGUUUGGCAGAGCGUUUGCGAGAACUGGAGGAAGAAAAUGCCAAGCUAGAAAAAGAACGGAUAACACUGGAGCAAGAACUAAUCCGGGUGAAAGGCAGUCAAGUGGUUUUGAGCGAACAGAAUGGGAAAGAGGAAAAACUGAUCCGCAAGCUGAAGCUGUACAAAGCGAAGGUCCUAGAGAUCAACGCAAAACUACUUCUCCUGAAGUCAGAUCGAAAAAUACUGCUAAAAACAGUCAAAGAUUAUGCGGAACAGGUUCCGAAGUGGCAAAAGGAGCUUGCCAAUGCAUCGAACGUAUUGUUUGCGAAAAUACAUGCGCUCGAGCUUGAAAAGAGUGACCUUAGUGAAAAGAUCACGCUUCAAGAAUCGCUGGUGGAUGGUUUACGUUGUGAAAACGAAGAACUGCAGCGCAAACUAGCAGCCGUAACACAUCAAGGCAUCGGUGAUGAGGACAAGGACUUAACGGACAGCAAUAGCGGUACGGCAGACAACGAAACUAUGAUUGAAAGCCUGCGUUUAGAGGUGGAGAAUUUGAAGUUGAAUAAUCUUGCCUUGACAACCGAGUCUCAGGGCCGCCUACUUGAGACUGAAAAGCUUCAGCAAGAUGUACAGGAAAAGGAAAAUCUUUCCAAAGAUUUGGAAACAUCGAAAGCGCUGGUCGCCGAUUUGGAAACAAAACUCACGUCUCAGUCGUCGUUGCUUUCGGAUAGUCACAAGAUGCAAGCACAACUCUCCGAACGGCUAGAGGAAACUUUGGAAAGGAUACAACAAGUACAGAACGAAAAAAAGUGUCUUGAAGCUCAACUGACAAGCACGCAGGAAGAGCUUGAAAGAAAAAGACAAGAACUAGAAAAUAGUGAAAAGGAAAAGAUUCGUCUCUCUGAUUUGCUAAAAUCUACUUCCGUUUCGGGCCAUGAAAAGGCGGAAAACUUAGUAGCAUGCCUGAAGGAAUUGGAAGCAAAGCUUGUAAUGGUGGAAGAGAAAAAUCAGGAGUACCGAACAAAAAUACUUGCAUUAGAGUCGACCAUCCAGAGUCAAGCGUCACGAUCCGAUGAACAGCUUACUGCCCAUGAGAAAGUGACUAAACAAUUAGAAGAAAAUCAACAGCUAGUGCAACAGCUGAUCGUUGAAAACCAAAACCUCGAAUGCCAACUUGGCCAGUUGGCUGAGAAGUUGAAAAGUAGUUUGGAAACUUCAAAGAAAGCUGUCGCCCGCAACGAAGAACUAGAAAAAGAACUUUCCUUAAGUAUCCAACACGUGACCGAAGGCAAUGCAGAAAAAGAACAUCUUCAGCAAGAAUUGAAGGUAACCAAAGACCUUGAGGUGGAAAUGGCCGAAAAAUAUGCGCUUUUAAAAGGCGAAAACAGCGAACUUUUGUUGGAGUUGAAGGAAAUCAAUGAGAUUAUGAAAGAACGAGGAGAAGUUAUCAACCUUCAGUUAUCGAAAAUAUCGGAGCUCCAGGAAAAACUUUCCAACGUCGAAGCGGCGGAUGUGGCUCCAAUGAAGCAACAAAUUGAUCAGCUUCAGCAAACCAUCAACGAGAAGGACGCGGAGCUAGAGCGUCAGCGCGAUGAGUUGACAGCAGUAAAGGAACGUUCCAAUAUUAGCUUCGACACACAGAGCGAUGUAAUGUCCACGUCGACCAUCUCGCGCGUGGAAGACGUCGCUCGUAUGCGCGAGCUGGACGAAGGCUUUGAAGAGAAGUACAUCAAACUCCGGUCGCUCGCCGUAAAACUAAAACGAAAGGUUGCCGAGCAGACGGCGUUGCUGCAAAAAUACGAAAAAGAAUCGUUGAGCAGUGCAGAUCCUUCGUCGUUAGCCACUGUCAGUAAAAAUGUGCAGACACUGCAGGCCGAAAACGAUCGGUUGCAAGAUCAACUAGAAAGUGUCCGGCAAGAGUUGGAAAGCAAGCGUGCGGAACUGGAGAGUAAAUCGAUCGAACUUACCACUUCGCAACAAGUUCAGAAGGACAUCGUGGGUACCAAAAAAGAUCGUGGAUCACUCGAAACGGCCGUACGCGAGUAUCAAGUGCAAAUACAAAGCCUGAAGCGUGAAAAAGAAGCGUUUCAGUUGGCAAAGCGAGAAAUCGAUGCUGAAAAUCAACGCCUGAAGGGUAGCUUAAAAUCAAAAGAAAAGGAGCUUGCCGAUGAACAAGAACAGCAGAAAGAGUUACGUUCGGAAUUGGACCGCACAAAGCUGGCAGUGAAAAAGGCGAACGUACUGAGCCUCGAAAUGGAAGCUUACGAGCGAUCGCUAACCGAGCUGAACAAUAAGCUGGAGACUAAAAAGACGUUGGUAAAGGAACUUGAAGCUAAAAUCGACCUGCAAGAGACAGCGAUGAAGAGCCUUAAACAGCAGAUUACGCUCCUCGAGGAAAGCCUCGAGUCACAGCAACAACAUUCACGUGAACUCAAACAGGAAGUGGAUGUACAGCAGGGCAAGCUACGGCAAAGUGAGCACCAACGAAUGGAACUGACCAGCCAGUUGGAGGAACUUCGCGAAGAACACGAUCGUGCCAAACAGCUGCUAGAAAGUAAUCGCUUGGAGCUCGAACAGGUGGCAUCUGAAAAGGAGAAAGUCUUUGGAACGUUGGAGUUGGAGAAAACUACCCUUCAGAAGCAGAGUCUCACGCUGGAAAGUGAGCUGAAUAUACUGCGUAAGGCGCUAGCAGAGCGACAGCAAGAAGUAGACGAUGUGCGGACCGAGUUUGCAAGCUACAAGGUUCGGGCCCAAUCGGUGCUGCGUCAUAACCAGAAUAAAGAUAGUAGCAGAGAGAAAGAGCUGGAAGAGGAACUAAGUCAGUUGCAGAAAUCGUUGGAACUGGUUGAGGGCAAGCACCUGCAUUUGGUGAAGCAAGUCAACGACCUCUCGAAGUCUAACGAGGGGUUAAAGAGCGAAAAGGAGCGAACACAGAACCGCUGCAAGGAGCUGCUCAGUUUGCUGGAAGAAAGUCGCUUGCAAAGUGAAUCAUUGCUGGAGGAAACACGCAAAACGAGCCUGGAGCAUCAGGAAGCAUUGAAAACACAACGCGUACAGAGCGAAACAUUGAUCCAAUGCUAUAAGACACAGCUGGAGGAGCAACAGGAACGCCACUGCCAGGAAUUAGAGCAAUUGCAGACGAAGAUACGCCAGCGAUCAGAGGUGGAUGGAGCAAACGGAGUGCGCCACGUGCUCAACAAUAACUUGCCAUCGCACGGUUCACUACACCCGGCGCCGAUUGGUGCAUUCGUGGGACGUACAGCUGCAUUUACGGAUGAGCAGCGAAUAAAUCUUCUUCUGAUGGAGCGCGAAGAAGGCGAAGGUUCCGAAAGCACCAAUCUAAGUACCGUUGGAGGGGCCCCACAGCGUCGAAAACUGUCCUCGACUUCCAUCUCCCGAGGACGUAACCGAGAGGUUAUACCUCUGGACGAAUUGUUGAACACUUCCUUUGACGAUUCCGCUUCCGUUGGGAUAAUCGAUGGUGAGGGCGACCAUCAAAAUCAGUUUUUUGACGGCAGGGAACCGUCACCGACUGUCGAACUGCAGCAAACCAAGGAGCAACUUAGUAAGCAGGAAAGCCGCGUUCGCCAUCUAACCGCGGUUUUGGCCGAGGCAGAGCAAGAUCUUGCAAAGCUAACGCAGCUGAACGAAUUACUUAAAGAGGAGGUACGCCGGCAACAGCGGUCCAUCGAGCGGGAGGCGCAUGUGCACAACUCGGAGUAUUUGAAAAAUGUGAUAUUUAAGUUUAUUACUCUAAACAACGGUGACGAGCGGUCAAGAUUGGUGCCAGUGCUAAACACGAUACUUAAGUUGAGUCCCGACGAGACGCAAAAGUUACAGAACGUAGCGAGAGGUUCCGAUCCAAGUUCUCGUGGAUGGACCGGGUUGUUGUGGAAUUAAUGGUAUCAUUUGUAGAUUAUAGAUUAAGUUUUUUUUCCCUACUGAAUUCCACGCUUUAUUAAUGCGGGUUUCUUCAGGCGAUAGUUAUACGAACGAAUGAUUAGAAGUUAUAGUUUUAGUAUCACGCGUUCUUUUGCGAGAAGUAUACGGUUAUCGGAUGUGAUUCUCCGAUAAAUUAGCUUCAGACGGAAAAGUGAGUGCAAUUCCAAGCUUUUAUUCAAACCAUGCAAAUUUCUAUUAACUUUAUACAAACGUGAAUUGUCAUUAAGUAGAAAAGGGUGGUUUGUUAAAUAUUAUCACAUUAAAUGGGGCAUUUAGAAUACAAUUUCAUACAACGAGAGAAAUGUGCGCAGCAUGGUGUUAGAUAGACAAAAACUGUGGCGUUUGUAGACGUCGAAGGGACUCCUAUUGAAUGCUACGCUGGAAGGCAUACAUUUUGAAGCAAUA